AUGUCAUCAUCUUCUUCUUCCUUGGUUUCUACCACUGACAUCCUUGAUGGCAAUACCUUCAUUGAAUUGCUGACACCUCCGCAGCAGGCAAUGCCAGUCUGGGGGAAACAUGCUGGACAGGUCAAAUUAUCUUCACAAGGAAGACAGCAACAGUUGUUGACUGUAGUAUCGGUGGUACAGCAGCAAUCAGGUUGCUCGCAGAAACUGCCCAGAAUGGAAUCCAAAAGAGAAUCCAACAAUCCUGCAUUGGCAUCGCUUGGCUCGAGAACUUCAGACGAGGCAGUGUCAUCAUUCUUUGACGGCAAGGCCGCAGCAGAAGAAGGAGAAUAG